GGUUUUACAAGCCCAACGCGAACAGACGCUACACCUAUUAAAACUAUAAGAAAUAUUUUAUUGAAUUAAACACUUGAUCAAGUACUAAGAAAAGUUCUUAAACUAAUAAAUCUAUUUGGAAAAAAGAGAAUAAAAGAAGAUUUUCAAGAUGUUCUCCACGAAGAAAAGUUUGGAUAGGAUCCUACAGAUCUACAAGAAGGAGAUGCGUCGGCAAAUCAGCAAGACCACCAGUGUCACCAACUCUGAUGCCAUGGUGCCAAGGUUGGACCAAGCAUCCACCAAGUCACCGCAGAACGACGAAGCUGGUCCCAAGAAGCUUUUGAAACUGCAAAAAUAUCACAGAUACCUGUCGACCCUGACAACGCAGGAAAUGCCGAUGGCUACCCGAGGACUGGCCGUGUCGAAGGACCAGUCCCGGGAGUUCAUGGCUUGCUUCCCGGACAUCGUGAGGGACCUCACUGAGACUGGCAAGCACAUUGAUGUGCCAGAAGCCAGCAAGUGGUUGGCUAAGCUGUUACAAUACAACGUGCCGAACGGUAAAAAGAAUCGAGGUCUAGCGACAGUGCUGGCUUACAAAAUGCUGGAAAAGAAAGAAAACUUGACGCCUGAGAAUAUUCAUUUGGCUAAUAUGAUGGGCUGGUGCGUUGAAAUGUUCCACACUCACCAGUUACUGCAGAAUGACAUCGUAGAAGGUACGGAGAUGCGUCGCGGCGCCCCCUGCUGGUACAAGCACCCAGAAGUCGGUCUCACCGGCAUCAGCGAUGCAGCUCUAGUCCAAGCCGCCAUGUUCUCAACCCUCAAACGUCACUUCAACAACAAAUCGUACUACAGAACCGUCCUUGAAACAUUCAAUGAGAUGCUGUUGAAAUGCUCGAUCGGCCACUUCCUAGAAAACCAGAUGGCUAAGACGGAUAAGCCCGACCUUACCCUGUUCACAAUGGAGAAGUACGAAGCCAUCACGAAGUACAAGACUUCAUACCACACAUUCCAGAUGCCAGUCACACUGGCUCUGCUCAUGACAGGCGUAGAGGACCCCGAAACCCAUAGACAAGCCAAAACGAUCCUCCUUAAGAUGGGCGAAUUCUUCCAAAUUCAAGAUGACUUCUUAGAUUGCUUCGGAGAUCCAGCAGUCACAGGCAAGAACGGAACUGAUAUCCAAGACGGCAAAUGCACUUGGCUCGCAGUCGUCGCCUUGCAGAGGGCAACACCGAAACAGAGGCAAUUCAUGGAAGAGAACUAUGGCAGCUCAGACCCUGAAGCAGUCGCCAAGAUCAGGCACUUGUAUGAGGAACUGCAGCUGCCUCACACAUACUCUGUCUUCGAAGACGCUACUUACGAUCUCCUUAGGACUCAAAUCCAGCAGGUCACAAGAGGCCUGCCCCACGAACUGUUCUUCAAAAUCCUAGACAACAUUUUCAGGCGAAGUGUCUAAACAAGCAAUAAGAUCUUCGGUUAAGUUAGUGACUUAGGAAGGUGCAAAAACCUAGUAGAUGUAUAUUUGUGUAAGGUAUACUGAAGUCCUCGAUAAAAUUGACGCACAUUAUGAAGAAUAAAGUUAUCGGAAGUGCUGUCGAAUUUUAUGCAUGAGCGCUGGGUGUGGAUGCACUGUAUUUAAGAAUUUAUAUUAAAAGAUAAGGGCUAAGAUACUUGUGACCUGAGGGCCCUGCAAAAAGAGAUUCAGGUCGAGGAAGGGAAGAAGGCAUCGGGAGAACACGAGGAUAGUAGACGAUUAGAGUACCUAUCUGUAUUGUAACCCUAAACUUGUUAGAUUUAUAAACUUUUCUAUGCUAAGUCGUCUGGUAGUCUCCUAUAUUAUAAAAACUUUGAUAUACUUUUAUUUACAUCAUUAAUUAUACUAUACAAGAUGUUUUGAUAAGAUUUUAAACUGAGCCUAAUUAAGCAUGUACGUAUUUCUCUCGAUGAUGAUAUUAAAACGUUGAUUGCAAACUUUGAAA